AUGAGCGGACCGGGGAAGAAAGUCGUCGAUGUCGCGUUCAAAGCAUCAAAGAACAUUGAUUGGGAAGGGAUGGCUAAGCUUUUGGUCUCCAAUGAGGCUCGCAAAGAGUUUGCUACUCUUCGUCGCACUUUUGAUGAAGUUAACUCUACUUUACAAACCAAAUUCAGCCAGGAACCUGAACCCAUUGACUGGGAGUACUAUAGAAAAGGAAUUGGCUCUCGCCUGGUAGAUAUGUACAAAGAGGCAUAUGAGAGUGUAGAGAUCCCCAAGUUUGUUGACACCGUCACUCCUCAAUACAAACCAAAAUUUGAUGCAUUGCUUGUAGAAUUGAAAGAGGCAGAGGAGAAAUCCUUAAAAGAGUCUGAGCGAUUGGAGAAAGAAAUUGCCGAGGUUCAAGAACUUAAGCAAAAGAUCAGCACCAUGACCGCAGACGAGUACUUUGAGAAACAUCCAGAGCUUAAAAAGAAAUUCGAUGAUGAGAUCCGGAAUGAAUACUGGGGCUAUUGACAUCUUUGUGAAUUUAAUGGCCAAGCUUUUGGUCUCGACUAGAAUUUCUGAACCGUUUCUAUUGUUUUAACCCCUUUUCUCUUGUGCGGUGAUCUGGGUUGGAAAGAUUAGGCUGUAAUGAUAAGAAAAUAAUUGUGUGAGAAAAAUUUAUCCAAUCAUUUGAGAAACAAGGUGGAUCUUGUAAGACAUGCAUUCUAUUUAGCAGGCAUCUGCAGUCAUACUUUCAUGGCAAAAUUUUUACUGUCUGCCCUCUUCAUUCCA